GGGCAGAGGUCAGACAUGAACACGGUAGUCCGGUCAUCUGACGGGGGUUUCGGUCGCGGCUCCUUUAAGAAAGCGGAACUGAGUCUGUGCGUUUGACGCGCUGCGAGGAUGUGGGCAGGAAACGCCAAGCAAGAGCAGAGAGGCGAUCACGCUUCCCAGCGCCGUUGCACAAUGCAGUGCGAUCAAAAUGCGCUUUAAUCGGCCCCGCUGAUGUCCAGGAGCGGACGUUCCCCUCGGAUCUGCGCCCCGCGGCCCUCAGACAGCCGCCGAGGAGGAGCUUCAGCCGGUGUGGGAGUCGAGUCCGAUCCGAGCCAGAGCGCAGCCUUCCCAGCCUGCUCGCUGUGAAAACAUCGGGGCUGGUCAGCGGGUGGGAGAGAGAGAGAGAGAGGAGGCUUCGUCGCUGGGAAAAAAGGAGGUGUCUGCCUUUUUUUUUUUUUUUUUUUUUUUUUUUUAAUAAACUCUCUCCCCCAACCCUAAAAAAAAGCCAUGAGGGAGUACAAAGUGGUUGUUUUGGGGUCGGGCGGAGUCGGUAAAUCGGCGCUGACGGUCCAGUUCGUGACGGGCUCCUUCAUCGAAAAGUACGACCCGACCAUAGAGGAUUUCUACAGGAAGGAGAUCGAGGUGGACUCGUCCCCGUCCGUCCUGGAGAUCCUGGACACGGCGGGCACCGAGCAGUUCGCCUCCAUGCGAGAUCUGUACAUCAAGAACGGGCAGGGCUUCAUCCUGGUCUACAGCCUGGUCAACCAGCAGAGCUUCCAGGACAUCAAGCCCAUGAGGGACCAGAUCAUCCGGGUCAAGAGGUACGAGAGGGUCCCCAUGAUCCUGGUGGGCAACAAGGUGGACCUGGAGGGGGAGAGAGAGGUGUCCUCCGGGGAAGGCAAGGCUCUGGCCCAAGACUGGAACUGCCCCUUUAUGGAAACUUCAGCCAAAAAUAAAGGAUCUGUGGACGAACUGUUUGCAGAAAUAGUGAGACAGAUGAACUACUCCACUGUUCCCAGCGGUGGAGACCAGUGCUGCUCCUGCGUCCUGCUCUAAGGCUCAAUUAUCACCUUCUUAAAAGUUGUCCUGCAGGCUUUUAUUUUGAUUUUUCAUUUUAUUUUGCUAAAAACUAUUCUCUCUCUCUCUCUCUCUCUCGCCCCCUCCUCACACUGUUGUCUUAUUGUUGCACACAAACUUAAAAAAAAAUCGACAACAAUCGAUUAUGUAUCAUAAGUCUGGAAAAGUGUUUACAUGACAAAGUACUUGAAUGUUUUGGGAUUUUUUUUAUAGCUUUGUAUAUGACACUUCUCUGGAAAUGUGCCUCAAUGGGAAUGUCUUAUUGUGAAACCUAAGAGACACAUGUUUUUCUGGUUAUUUUUUUUGUGUUUUUUCCUUCUUUUUUUGUUGAGUUGUACUGUUAGAUCUUCUGGGAUGGGUCCUUCUGUCCUGGAGAUUUGAUGGCGGUGGGUUUUCGUGCCAAAUCCCCAAGCCGAGAUGGGAUGUUUAAGGUCUUUAUUUUGGGGCUAAAGGAGGGCUGGGAAGUAUUUCUAAAUCUCCCAGAAACUUAUCAAUCACCACUCAAGCCUUGCACAGGUUUACUCAAAUCUAUUCCUCCAAGAGGCACAGACCCACCCAGUUAGAUCCUGUAUUUGAAGCUGUGGACUGUGGUGGAGUUGUGUCAUGCCAUGUUUUGUUUUUGUUCCCCCCCUCGCUCCCUCUCCGGUCUGGUGAAAGUGGAUUUAUCAUGGAACUUGCACUUAGCUGACGGUGUCCCUCCUCAGUGUGCACAAACGUCGCUGCAUGGGGGAAACGCCACGACCCCAUGUCAAGUGCCUUCCUAAGAAAUCUCCUGUGACUGUGCCAACUGAUGAGUCCUACUUCCUCUGCAGUGCGUCUUGAUGGCAAUCAGAACUUCUUCUUUUUUUUUUUCCUUUCGCAGUUUCCAGUGUACACUUGAUUUUUUGGUGUCGAAGAGAGAAGCGCCUCUUCCUAUUUUGCUGUCAGGAAGCUCAGCUUGUAAUAGACCUGCUGUUUCAGGGUCACAUUCAGGCCGUUUCUCGAGGUACUAGUAGUCUGACAAGAAUAACUUCUUUACUUACUGGGAUUUUGGUUCAGUGAAUGGCAAGCCAUGUCUGUAUGUAUUAUCUAGAGUUUUGUUUUUUUUCCUUUUCUAAAAUGUGACAUUUUUGACUUACCGUAAUUGUAAUUCUCCCUUUGGACAAAUCUUCUGCCAUCCAGCUGUCAGUUUGAAAGACUUGUAAUACAAAAAGCAUUUUACGUAAAA